CAUCGUCGGAUGUAACUGCUUGAAUGUGUAUUAUUACGGGAUGUCAUUUUAUAAAUCCUUACUUGGUACUCUUAACAAACCACGUUCAAAUGUAAUUUAAGUACCAUCUGGAGAAAAGUAACGUGUGAGUUUUAAAGUAUAUACACGUCACCUCACCACCUAUGUUUUAACCUGAUUCUGAAGUAAAUAGUAGACCAGCGUAUACUGAAAUAGAUAUAAUGGAUAAUUUGGGUAUGGACGAACAUCUCAUUGAAAGUCAGAAACGUACAUUCUGGGUUCGUAAUAGAACAUUUAUAUACACUGCUGGUGGUUUGAUUGUUGGAUGUUUUGUAACUGUUGGAAUAAGUUAUCUUUUCUUCUCUCUGGGAAAGAACAAUGCACAAGGAAACGUUCAGACAAAUGUUGGAUCAAUGAAUGCAGCACAACGUCAACAAAGUGAAACAAUUGAUGGAAAUACAACGAUAAGUAAAGAUAAUUAUAUUUUAUACUCAAAAGAAGAUCAUGCUGAACUAAUUGCUUUGCUCCACAAAUUCAAAAAUGAGAGCGAAAAAGCUUUACUAUCAAUGAAGGAUUCCAAAGAAGAAAUAGUUAAGCUGCUAGCAGACAUAAAGAACAAAACUUCAAACAAUGACGUAAUGAGAGAUUGUGUUGACUGGCAACAGAGUGGUAUGACAACAAAUGGUAUUUACAGUAUAACACCAAUAGGAUUCAAACCAUUUGAUGUGUACUGUGAUAUGACAAAUGAUGGUGGAGGAUGGCUGGUUUUUCAACGGAGAAUAGACGGCACAAUAGAUUUUUUUAAAGAUUGGGUGUCGUAUGAAAACGGGUUUGGUGACAUCAAUAGGGAAUUCUGGUUAGGCAAUAAAAAGCUACAUGUACUCACACAAGAACCGACAGAACUUCGAGUUGAUGUAAUGGCCUGGGACAACGAGACAAGAUACGCUAAAUACUCAACAUUUAGGCUCGGUGAUUCCUCAUCAAAGUAUACACUUUAUGUAGAAGGUUACAGUGGAGAUGCUGGUGAUGGCCUAGCUUUACACCACGAGGUGAAGUUCAGUACGCGCGACCAAGAUAAUGAUGUACAGCGUAAAGACUGCGCCGGGUCAAAUAAAGGUGCAUGGUGGUACGAGAACUGUAGCCAUUCCUCUCUCAAUGGCCAAUAUAUCAAAGGAACCGAUGGUGCCGCGAUGGUGGAAAAGAACAUGGGUAUCAAUUGGGAAAAGUUUAAGGGUGACUACUACUCAAUGAAAACUGCAUCAAUGAAGCUUCGCCGGAAAGUUUGAUCUGUGACUUCAUGUUGGUUUUUAUAUUAAAGACACACUUCGACGAUGCAUUAAAUGAAAAAAAGUGUUAAAGAAAACUUAAUAAUGAAUAAUACUUAUACUGAAUUUUAUUUCUUUGAUAUUUAAUACUUUUUUAACACAUGCAUUAAAUCCAUUUUCUAUGUAAAAAAAAUGCCUGUACCAAAAUAAGUCAGGAAAAUGUCAGUUGUUGUCUUUUUGUUUCAGCUUUUAGUUUUGCAAUUUGAUUAGGGGCUUUCCCAUUUUGAAUUUUCCUUGAAGUUCAGUAUUUUUGUGAUUAUACUUUUUUCAUAGUAAGCAUUUAGAAAAAUAUAAAACAACAAAGAGAAAAUGUAUCACCAAUCUUCCCUGUAUCUUUUUCUCGUUAAGCAAAGAUUUAUUCGGCCUUUUCUCACAUCUCUGUCCUAUUGUAUAUUGCGCCAUUACUUCAGAUAUAUACAAAUGUAUGUCUUUUUUUUCUCUCAAAUCUGUCCCUUUUAACGUUAUAAUUACCAAUGAGUUUACGUCAGAAUGAUCAAAUCGUCAUAGGAGAAAGAGAAAUCAGUACGAGUUUAUGUUCGAAUUAAAUUGAUAUUUUAAAUAUCAGGAGCUUACAAUUUCUCGCAUAAAUUAUAAAAUCAAAGCAUUUUCUAUCCUUAACAGUAAUUUGUCAGUCAGUUCUUACCUUAUUGUCAAAUUACUAUAUUUUUGUUUAAAUCAGAAACAUUUUCUUUGCUUUUUCGGUUCUUCAAAUAUGUAACAAAUCAUUGAAUGGUAAACGGUGAACAAAUUUGAGUUCUCAUUAGUCGUUACUGUGUGUCUUUUCGUUUUUGGUUUGAUGUUUCUUUUAUAUUUCGUUAUUUGUACUGAUCUGUUGAGCAAAAUGUAUUCAAACGGAUUUUUUUUUAGUUUACACUCUUUGUGAGGUGUUACAGCGAUCUCAAGUUAGGGGACAGUUGAGCGCUUGACCUACACCGCAUUAUAUAUGUCCUUGUCCAAUGUCUCAUUUCUGAAAGCCUACUUUAUGUAAAGGACACGGAUUUGAAUAAACAUACAGCCCCACU